GCUUCGUCCCUGCGUCUGGUGCCCAGCGGACCAGCUCUGCCGCCCCGCGCCGCGCCACAACGGGCAGGACCCGUGCGCUCACAAUGGCAGCGUCUCGAACCGCUCCGCGUGCCCUCCGGCGCCACCGCGGAGCACGAGCUUCGACCUGCAGGAGGCUUACAGCAUG